AAUUCCAAUGGUUAAUAUAUCCACCAUAAAUUGGGUUUUUGUUUGCGGCCUGUCCUUCUGCUUGGGCGGCAUUGCGGUUCUAAGUUUAAUGCCGCUGGGCUCAGAUUGCAUAUGCCCGCUGUCAAAUCCAUUGGCGAAACUCGUGGGAAGUGGACCAGUGCAGAAAUCAGCGCCUGUGACGCCCGCACCCAAGGGACAGGAGCAUGACCACAGCACGGCGGCCCACAAGAUGGCUGUGUUGGUGCCGUUCCGUGACCGUUUUGAGGAGCUGCUGCAGUUCGUGCCACAUAUCACUGGUUUCCUUAAGCGGCAAGGUGUUGCCCAUCACAUAUUCCUGUUGAAUCAGGUGGACAGGUUCCGCUUUAAUCGCGCUUCCCUCAUCAACGUGGGCUUCCAGUUUUGCCACGAGGUCUACGACUAUAUUGCCAUGCACGACGUCGACCUGCUGCCGCGCAACGACGAUCUGCUCUACGAAUAUCCCAGCAACCUGGGACCCCUGCACAUUGCCGGGCCAAAGCUGCAUCCCAAAUAUCACUACGACAACUUUGUGGGUGGGAUACUGCUGGUACGGCGUGAGCACUUUCAGAAAAUGAACGGCAUGUCGAAUCAAUAUUGGGGCUGGGGUCUGGAGGACGAUGAGUUCUUCGUGCGCAUCCGGGAUGCAGGACUGCAGGUCACGCGACCACAAAACAUUAAGACUGGCGUCAACGACACAUUUGGCCAUAUUCACAAUCGCCAUCAUCGCAAGCGGGACACUCAAAAGUGCUUCAAUCAAAAGGAGAUGACCCGCAAGCGGGACCACAAAACGGGUCUCGACAACGUCAAGUACAAAAUACUCAAGGUGCAGGGACUGACAAUCGACGGGAUCGACAUAACCGUGCUGAACAUUAUGCUUGAUUGUGAUGUAAAUAAAACUCCAUGGUGCGACUGCUCGGGUACAGCGGCGGCCGCAUCGGUUGUACAAACCUAGAAUCAGUGUCUCCUUUUUGUG